AUGAGGGGCAGGCGCACGGGUGAGUCGCCAGCUACCAAGGCCACGAACCCGAACACCGGCAGCAGCAAUGGCAAUUCGAGUGACGCGGAGGCCAGGGGUGAGGGCAGCAGCAGCGUCAACAGCUUUAGCAGUACCUACGGCAGCGCAAGCAGCGUGAGCCUCAGUGGGGCGGGGUCAGCGGAUUUGGAGAACUGCUUGCGAACGAGGGGCGAAGUUAGCGGGCGAGAAGCUGCCCCCCGGGCCGUCCUCUCCCAAGAAGAACCCGAGAGCUUUUAUGUGGUCGCCAGGCCCAGCAAUGCGCCGUCGCUGGGGUUGGAGGCGAAGCCCACGGAAGGCUUUGACGAAAGGCCGCUGUUCGAAAUCUUCAAAGUGUUCCAUUCCUUCGAGGCGGAGGGCAAGCUGAUGUGCCAGGUAGUGCGGUUGGGACCGCAAGCCUUCGCUCAGCGGCCUCAGCAGACGUCAAGCGGGGGCUGGGCUAGCUGCUUUCACCUGUGGUCUAGGUCAGCAGCCUCAACAUCGACGGCAUCGGCGCUGUCGCAUGAACCUUCAAUGACAAAUGGGCGAAUCGUCAAGGAAUUGACCCAGCCGUGUCCUUGUCAGGACAAUGACCUGGAGUUAGAGCUGUCGCGGAGCCCUACACCAACAGCUUCAUCGCCAACGCCGGCCCGACAGCAGCAGCAGCAGCAGCAGCAGCAGCAGCAAACCCCCAAGCCGCUGAAGCACGGCAAGAAGCGAUCCGCCAGCAACCCGGACGAUUGCGCUCCUCCACAGCUGAGGUUUGUGACCCUUGGGUCUGUCGCUGAGGCGGAGGCGCUAUUGGACCAGCUGUGGCGCCUGUACGAACAGACAGGCGCGCGCAACGGCUUCACCGAGUGCCGCCGGGAGCAGUUCGAGCGACUGGCGGUGGUGGUCCGCGAGGGCAGCUCAAACUGCGGCCCCAUCCUGGCUAUGGGGCUGCUGUUGCCGCAGCGGGAGAGCUUGCAGAUACUGUACACGGGCAUGCAGUACGACAGCCCACUUGUACGGCAAUCUUGUUGCUUGUUCCAGGUGCUGUCUGUCGGACUGCAAGCAGCGAUUGCUCACAACGAGGCCGUCCGGCAGAGGAGGAACGUAAAGGCGGUCACUGCCACCGCCGCAUCGACUGGUGCUUGGACGCCGCCUGGCUCGGCCCCUCUGCUGCCGCCUCCACCGCCUCUACUGCUGGGAGCUAACGUGGGUCUUCUCGACUGGCUGGACCUGGGCCCGGGAAGAAGGUUUGUGAAGGAGCACUUGGGGGCUGUGGGUUAUCCCGUCAGUUUGUACACACGCUGCCUGACGCCCUUUUCCUGGGUCCUCGCACAUUUCCUGCUCAACCAUUACUUCGACCCCAAGUCCAUUGUGAACGAUCCUUGA